AUGAGGGAGAAGUAUAUUAAGAGGGACAGUAUUGUGAGGGAGAAGUAUAUUAAGAGGGACAUUAUUGUGAGGGAGAAGGAUAUUAAGAGGGACAUUAUUGUGAGGGAGAAGGAUAUUAAGAGGGACAUUAUUGUGAGGGAGAAGGACAUUAAGAGGGACAUGAGGGAGAAGGACAUUGGGAGGGACAUUAUUGUGAGGGAGAAGGAUAUUAAGAGGGACAUGAGGGAGAAGUAUAUUAAGAGGGACAUUAUUAUGAGGGAGAAGUAUAUUAAGAGGGACAUUAUUAUGAGGGAGAAGGAUAUUAAGAGGGACAUUAUUGUGAGGGAGAAGGAUAUUAAGAGGGACAUGAGGGAGAAGGACAUUCGGAGGGACAUUAUUGUGAGGGAGAAGGAUAUUAGGAGGGACAUGAGGGAGAAGUAUAUUAAGAGGGACAUUAUUAUGAGGGAGAAGUAUAUUAAGAGGGACAUGAGGGAGAAGUAUAUUAAGAGGGACAUUAUUGUGAGGGAGAAGUAUAUUAAGAGGGACAUUAUUCUGAGGGAGAAGGAUAUUAAGAGGGACAUUAUUGUGAGGGAGAAGUAUAUUAAGAGGGACAUUAUUGUGAGGGAGAAGUAUAUUAAGAGGGACAUUAUUGUGAGGGAGAAGUAUAUUAAGAGGGACAUUAUUGUGAGGGAGAAGUAUAUUAAGAGGGACAUUAUUCUGAGGGAGAAGUAUAUUAAGAGGGACAUUAUUGUGAGGGAGAAGGAUAUUAGGAGGGACAUUAUUAUGAGGGAGAAGUAUAUUAAGAGGGACAGUAUUGUGAGGGAGAAGUAUAUUAAGAGGGACAUUAUUGUGAGGGAGAAGUAUAUUAAGAGGGAUAUAAUUAUGAGGGAGAAGUAUAUUAAGAGGGACAUUAUUAUGAGGGAGAAAUAUAUUAAGAGGGACAUGAGGGAGAAGUAUAUUAAGAGGGACAUUAUUAUGAGGGAGAAGUAUAUUAAGAGGGACAUUAUUAUGAGGGAGAAAUAUAUUAAGAGGGACAUGAGGGAGAAGUAUAUUAAGAGGGACAUUAUUAUGAGGGAGAAGUAUAUUAAGAGGGAUAUAAUUAUGAGGGAGAAGGACAUUAAGAGGGACAUUAUUAUGAGGGAGAAGUAUAUUAAGAGGGACAUUAUUAUGAGGGAGAAGUAUAUUAAGAGGGAUAUAAUUAUGAGGGAGAAGGACAUUGGGAGGGACAUUAUUGUGAGGGAGAAGUAUAUUAAGAGGGACAUUAUUAUGAGGGAGAAGUAUAUUAAGAGGGACAUUAUUAUGAGGGAGAAGGAUAUUAAGAGGGACAUGAGGGAGAAGGACAUUGGGAGGGACAUUAUUAUGAGGGAGAAGUAUAUUAAGAGGGAUAUAAUUAUGAGGGAGAAGGACAUUAAGAGGGACAUUAUUAUGAGGGAGAAGGAUAUUAAGAGGGAGAUUAUUAUGAGGGAGAAGUAUAUUAAGAGGGAGAUUAUUAAGAGGGAGAAGUAUAUUAAGAGGGAGAUUAUUAUGAGGGAGAAGGAUAUUAAGAGGGACAUUAUUAUGAGGGAGAAGUAUAUUAAGAGGGACAGUAUUGUGAGUGAGAAGGAUAUUAAGAGGGACAUUAUUCUGAGGGAGAAGUAUAUUAAGAGGGAGAUUAUUCUGAGGGAGAAGGAUAUUAAGAGGGACAUUAUUGUGAGGGAGAAGUAUAUUAAGAGGGAGAUUAUUAUGAGGGAGAAGGAUAUUAAGAGGGACAUUAUUGUGAGGGAGAAGGAUAUUAAGAGGGAGAUUAUUAUGAGAGAGAAGAAUAUUAAGAGGGACAUGAGGGAGAAGUAUAUUAAGAGGGACAUUAUUAUGAGGGAGAAGGAUAUUAAGAGGGACAUUAUUAUGAGGGAGAAGUAUAUUAAGAGGGACAGUAUUAUGAGGGAGAAGGAUAUUAAGAGGGACAUGAGGGAGAAGUAUAUUAAGAGGGACAUUAUUAUGAGGGAGAAGGAUAUUAAGAGGGACAUUAUUAUGAGGGAGAAGGAUAUUAAGAGGGACAGUAUUGUGAGGGAGAAGGAUAUUAAGAGGGACAUGAGGGAGAAGUAUAUUAAGAGGGACAUUAUUCUGAGGGAGAAGGAUAUUAAGAGGGAGAUUAUUAUGAGGGAGAAGGAUAUUAAGAGGGACAUUAUUAUGAGGGAGAAGGAUAUUAAGAGGGACAUUAUUAUGAGGGAGAAGUAUAUUAAGAGGGACAGUAUUGUGAGGGAGAAGUGUAUUAAGAGGAAGAUUAUUAUGAGGGAGAAGGAUAUUAAGAGGGACAUUAUUGUGAGGGAGAAGUGUAUUAAGAGGAAGAUUAUUAUGAGGGAGAAGGAUAUUAAGAGGGACAUUAUUGUGAGGGAGAAGGAUAUUAAGAGGGAGAUUAUUAUGAGAGAGAAGGAUAUUAAGAGGGACAUUAUUAUGAGGGAGAAGGAUAUUAAGAGGGACAUUAUUGUGAGGGAGAAGUGUAUUAAGAGGAAGAUUAUUAUGAGGGAGAAGGAUAUUAAGAGGGACAUUAUUGUGAGGGAGAAGGAUAUUAAGAGGGAGAUUAUUAUGAGGGAGAAGGAUAUUAAGAGGGACAUUAUUAUGAGGGAGAAGGAUAUUAAGAGGGACAUUAUUAUGAGGGAGAAGUAUAUUAAGAGGGACAUUAUUAUGAGGGAGAAGGAUAUUAAGAGGGACAUUAUGAGGGAGAAGUAUAUUAAGAGGGACAUUAUUAUGAGGGAGAAGGAUAUUAAGAGGGACAUUAUUAUGAGGGAGAAGGAUAUUAAGAGGGACAUUAUUAUGAGGGAGAAGUAUAUUAAGAGGGACAGUAUUGUGAGGGAGAAGUAUAUUAAGAGGGACAUUAUUAUGAGGGAGAAGGAUAUUAAGAGGGACAUUAUUAUGAGGGAGAAGGAUAUUAAGAGGGACAUUAUUAUGAGGGAGAAGUAUAUUAAGAGGGACAGUAUUAUGAGGGAGAAGGAUAUUAAGAGGGACAUUAUUAUGAGGAAGAAGUAUAUUAAGAGGGACAUUAUUAUGAGGGAGAAGUAUAUUAAGAGGGACAUUAUUAUGAGGGAGAAGUAUAUUAAGAGGGACAUUAUUAUGAGGGAGAAGUAUAUUAAGAGGGACAUUAUUAUGAGGGAGAAGGAUAUUAAGAGGGACAUUAUUAUGAGGGAGAAGGAUAUUAAGAGGGACAUUAUUAUGAGGGAGAAGGAUAUUAAGAGGGACAUUAUUAUGAGGGAGAAGUAUAUUAAGAGGGACAGUAUUAUGAGGGAGAAGGAUAUUAAGAGGGACAUUAUUAUGAGGGAGAAGUAUAUUAAGAGGGACAUUAUUAUGAGGGAGAAGGAUAUUAAGAGGGACAUUAUUAUGAGGGAGAAGGAUAUUAAGAGGGAGAUUAUUAUGAGGGAGAAGGAUAUUAAGAGGGACAUUAUUAUGAGGGAGAAGGAUAUUAAGAGGGACAUUAUUAUGAGGGAGAAGUAUAUUAAGAGGGACAUUAUUAUGAGGGAGAAGGAUAUUAAGAGGGACAUUAUUAUGAGGGAGAAGGAUAUUAAGAGGGACAUUAUUAUGAGGGAGAAGGAUAUUAAGAGGGACAUGAGGGAGAAGGACAUUAAGAGGGACAUUAUUAUGAGGGAGAAGGAUAUUAAGAGGGACAUUAUUAUGAGGGAGAAGGAUAUUAAGAGGGACAUUAUUAUGAGGGAGAAGUAUAUUAAGAGGGACAUUAUUAUGAGGGAGAAGUAUAUUAAGAGGGACAUUAUUAUGAGGGAGAAGUAUAUUAAGAGGGACAUUAUUAUGAGGGAGAAGUAUAUUAAGAGGGACAGUAUUGUGAGGGAGAAGUAUAUUAAGAGGGACAUUAUUAUGAGGGAGAAGGAUAUUAAGAGGGACAUUAUUAUGAGGGAGAAGUAUAUUAAGAGGGACAGUAUUGUGAGGGAGAAGUAUAUUAAGAGGGACAUUAUUAUGAGGGAGAAGUAUAUUAAGAGGGACAUUAUUAUGAGGGAGAAGUAUAUUAAGAGGGACAUUAUUAUGAGGGAGAAGUAUAUUAAGAGGGACAGUAUUGUGAGGGAGAAGUAUAUUAAGAGGGACAUUAUUAUGAGGGAGAAGGAUAUUAAGAGGGACAUUAUUAUGAGGGAGAAGUAUAUUAAGAGGGACAUAAUUGUGAGGGAGAAGGAUAUUAGGAGAGACAUUAUUAUGAGGGAGAAGUAUAUUAAGAGGGACAUUAUUAUGAGGGAGAAGGAUAUUAAGAGGGACAUUAUUAUGAGGGAGAAGUAUAUUAAGAGGGACAUUAUUGUGAGGGAGAAGUAUAUUAAGAGGGACAUUAUUAUGAGGGAGAAGGAUAUUAAGAGGGACAUUAUUAUGAGGGAGAAGUAUAUUAAGAGGGACAGUAUUGUGAGGGAGAAGUAUAUUAAGAGGGACAGUAUUGUGAGGGAGAAGUAUAUUAAGAGGGACAUUAUUAUGAGGGAGAAGGAUAUUAAGAGUGACAUUAUUAUGAGGGAGAAGUAUAUUAAGAGGGACAGUAUUGUGAGGGAGAAGUAUAUUAAGAGGGACAGUAUUGUGAGGGAGAAGUAUAUUAAGAGGGACAUUAUUAUGAGGGAGAAGUAUAUUAAGAGGGACAUUAUUAUGAGGGAGAAGGAUAUUAAGAGGGACAUUAUUAUGAGGGAGAAGGAUAUUAAGAGGGACAUUAUUAUGAGGGAGAAGUAUAUUAAGAGGGACAUAAUUGUGAGGGAGAAGGAUAUUAAGAGGGACAUUAUUAUGAGGGAGAAGUAUAUUAAGAGGGACAUUAUUAUGAGGGAGAAGGAUAUUAAGAGGGACAUUAUUAUGAGGGAGAAGUAUAUUAAGAGGGACAGUAUUGUGAGGGAGAAGUAUAUUAAGAGGGACAGUAUUGUGAGGGAGAAGGAUAUUAAGAGGGACAUUAUUAUGAGGGAGAAGUAUAUUAAGAGGGACAUUAUUAUGAGGGAGAAGUAUAUUAAGAGGGACAGUAUUGUGAGGGAGAAGUAUAUUAAGAGGGACAGUAUUGUGAGGGAGAAGUAUAUUAAGAGGGACAUUAUUAUGAGGGAGAAGGAUAUUAAGAGGGACAUUAUUAUGAGGGAGAAGUAUAUUAAGAGGGACAGUAUUGUGAGGGAGAAGUAUAUUAAGAGGGACAGUAUUGUGAGGGAGAAGUAUAUUAAGAGGGACAGUAUUGUGAGGGAGAAGUAUAUUAAGAGGGACAUUAUUAUGAGGGAGAAGUAUAUUAAGAGGGACAGUAUUGUGAGGGAGAAGUAUAUUAAGAGGGACAUUAUUGUGAGGGAGAAGUAUAUUAGGAGGGAGAUUAUUAUGAGGGAGAAGGAUAUUAAGAGGGACAUUAUUAUGAGGGAGAAGUAUAUUAAGAGGGACAUUAUUAUGAGGGAGAAGUAUAUUAAGAGGGACAUUAUUAUGAGGGAGAAGGAUAUUAGGAGGGACAUAAUUGUGAGGGAGAAGUAUAUUAGGAGGGACAGUAUUGUGAGAGAGAAGUAUAUUAGGAGGGAGAUUAUUAUGAGGGAGAAGUAUAUUAAGAGGGACAUUAUUAUGAGGGAGAAGUAUAUUAAGAGGGACAUUAUUAUGAGGGAGAAGUAUAUUAAGAGGGACAUUAUUAUGAGGGAGAAGUAUAUUAAGAGGGACAUUAUUAUGAGGGAGAAGUAUAUUAAGAGGGACAGUAUUGUGAGGGAGAAGGAUAUUAAGAGGGACAUUAUUAUGAGGGAGAAGUAUAUUAAGAGGGACAGUAUUGUGAGGGAGAAGUAUAUUAAGAGGGACAUAAUUGUGAGGGAGAAGUAUAUUAAGAGGGUCAUAAUUGUGAGGGAGAAGGAUAUCAGGAGGGACAUUAUUAUGAGGGAGAAGUAUAUUAGGAGGGAGAUUAUUAUGAGGGAGAAGUAUAUUAGGAGGGACAUUAUUAUGAGGGAGAAGUAUAUUAAGAGGGACAUUAUUGUGAGGGAGAAGUAUAUUAAGAGGGAGAUUAUUACGAGGGAGAAGUAUAUUAAGAGGGACAUGAGGGAGAAGGAUAUUAAGAGGGACAUUAUUAUGAGGGAGAAGUAUAUUAGGAGGGACAUUAUUAUGAGGGAGAAGUAUAUUAAGAGGUACAGUAUUGUGAGAGAGAAGUAUAUUAAGAGGGACAUAAUUGUGAGGGACAUUAUUAUGAGGGAGAAGGAUAUUAAGAGGGACAUGAGGGAGAAAAGCUUUAGCUUUUCUCUCUAUUCAUAA